AAACGCUUUCAGCUAUUUAGGCAAUAUUAUGUCCUUGACAGAGUGCAUUAAUUGAUGUUGAUUAUCGCAUAGUCAUGAUCAUCUUAAUUUCCUUGUUUAUAAACUUAGUAAUUUUGGCAAACUCUGCCAACAGCAUUUUUCCUGACAUUACACUGCAUGAGUGUGCUCUAACGAAAGGAUGCUUGAGGCCUGCUAUGUGUACGGAGUCAUCGUGUGCAUUUCUUGUCACAUGGAAAUUAGUGUCCGUGCAGUCUGAAAAUUAUGUGGAGUUCGAACUUAAAGGCAAUAUUCAGAAGGCCACAGGCUUUAUAUCACUGGCUUUCUCGAAAGACCAAAGAGUAGGUGAUGAUGGUGUUGUUGGCUGUUAUUAUCAAUCAUCAACAAAUACAGUGAAUAUUCGAGCUGGAUAUAAUGAUAUCGCUGGUAAAACAACAAAUUUUUAUAAUGGGCCAGAUGAAGAAUUAUUAAUAACAGAUGGUGAGCAUUUAGGUGGUACAUUUAAUGCAAUGGAUGGUACACUACAAUGUCGUUUUAGACGACGUGUUCGACCAUUAGAUACAGUUCAUCAAUUAAUGGAUUUAACAUCACCUAAUGCAUACCAUUUAAUUGUCACUCGUGGUGUUGAACGUAAAAAAGACGGAUUCGGUCGUCCUUUUGCCGGUGGCGAAUCAGUAUCUCAACGUCCGGUUGUCAUUACUUCACCUAUUUAUGGCAGCAUGACAGGUUUAAUUGGUCGUGGUUCUGCAAUAGCUAAAACUCACGGAUGUCUUAUGGUAUUAGCUUGGGUAUUAUGCGCCAGUAUUGGUAUUAUACUAGCUCGUUAUUACAAAGAUGUAUGGCCUAAUUCUGGCCUACUAGGCGAACGCGUCUGGUUUCAGUCACACAGAAUAUUACAAGGUGUAUGUGUUGGGUUAACAUGUAUCAGUAUAAUUUUGAUAUUCAUCUAUUGUGAAGGUUAUUCACAAGCAACAGCAUAUCCAUAUUAUAUACAUCCAAUACUUGGCUUAAUUGUCUUCUGUUUAGCAUUAAUUAAUCCAAUUAUCGCAUUGUGUCGUUGUAAUCCAGCUCAUGAAUAUAGACCUUGGUUUAAUUGGAUACAUUUUUUCAUUGGAACAUUUGCUUAUGUUCUAUCUGUACCAACAAUGAUGCUAGGUUUACGUAUGCCUGCUGCUGGCCUACAACUACAAUUUAUUAAUUAUCCAUUAUGGAUUCUAAUAUUCUUUGUAAUCUUCCAAUUUAUGAUUGAAAUUAUUUUGGAGGUACAUGGAUGCUUCUAUUACCGUCGAAAUAAAAGAUGAAUGUAACGAACCUUAAUGAACUGGACAAUUUAUGUUCAACGACACUUCAACGAAUUAAGAGGGGGAAAGAAUGGAACUUUCAAGAGAGCUUUCAUAUCUCCAGAAAAUACUCAUUAUACAAGUAAGGAUGAUUAGUGUGUAUAAUGCUAGGUGGUUGGAGAUAGCCGGUAACACCCCGGUUCUAGUUUUCGUGGUAGUUGGCAUUCAUCAGUCAAGAGUACAUGCAACCUUGUGGGACUUCGAACGGUCAUCAUGCAGCUCCACACUAUGUAUGGUAUUCUACUAAACAAAAUAACGACAUAAAAAGGUGUGAAUUCGAUCACAAGGGUUAUAUUAGUACUGAUGUAUAAGACAGAUCACAAUGAUAAUUAUUGUUGUGGUGAAUGAGAUAAACGUCGUACAUAUUUACUGGAGAUUGACCAGUAUCAAGCUGCAAAGCGUUUAAAUAAUGCACGUCAACCAAGACCUCCUGAACCGGAACCUUCUGGUCGUAUGUUCAAAUAUUUCAUAAUUGGACUGCAUGCUACAGUUUGCGCAAUUGUUGCCGUUAUCCUCGUUAUCAUUAUAGCCGUUAAUUAAUAGUUUAUUUCCUGUUUCGCUUUUAAACUACUUUAUUCUUUUAUCAAUAGUCUAAAAACUAUUGUAAAUGUGCCUUAUAUAUAUAUACGUAUAUAUAACUUAAUACACUCUGGAAAUUAACUUGCCAUAUUUAUUUAUGCUAUCCCCAUCACCUGCAUAGACUCUGUUUCUUUUAUUAAUCAGUUUUUUUUAGUGCAUAUAUCUAUAAGUGUUUAUUUCAUAUUGCUAGGCAUAUUCUAUAUGUAACACAUCAUCUAGUUUGAAAAACAUUUCACAAUUGAAAUGUUUGAAAAAAAAUCUCUUCGAGUUUGUUUUUUGAAACAAAUAAUGACUUAAAUUGGCGCAAAUUAGUUUUUUUUCACUAAAUCUUUUUAUCUCUUUAACUGUUGCAUACAGCUUGUUUUUUAACUUCAGCUGGGUUUUAUUUGUGCGCUUUUGUUUUUAGAAAAAAAAGAGUAUAAAUAAGACAAGUACAACUUACAUUUGAAGAUUCUUCUCUUAAAUAAUAAAAUAUUUCACGUCCACAGGUACACAGAGAUGCACUUGCGGAGACGUAUAUAUGUGUACGCCGUAUGUGCUUAUAAACGCACUUAUAUUUAUAACUUGGCAUUAUUAUUAUUAUUAUUGUUAUUAUUAUUAUUAUUAUUAUUAUUAUUAUUAUUAUUAUUAUUACUAUUUGCUAUAAUCCUCAGCAUUAAUAACGUUUUUACCUGUUCAAUUCAAUCAGUAUUUGCAUACCUAUUUAUCAAUUCUAUCAUAUGUUAUCAUCGACAAUGAAUUCGGUUGACCACGAUCAAGGACAAUAGCCUUCGUUUUAUGCUAACCUUUCUCUUUCUUUCCUUGCAUAAUUGUUUCUCGUUGUCUAUACUUUUCUUAAUCUAUAAUAUCAAUAUCCUUUUCAGUUACUGAAUUCUUACCAAAACUACUGUUCACAAUUGAUAUACAUGCUCUUUUCAUCCCUAAAUGGCUUAUUUCUCUUCUUCAAACACAUCGUCUCGUUUUCUUUAAUAUUAAGGCUUAUUUACUGAAUCUGUCGACCUAUGCUUUAUUUUCUUUACAACUUAAUUCCUUACAAUGUUUGUGCUUUCCGGCUUGUUUUUGUCCUUUUUUUGUGCUUCUGGUUCGAUUGUGUUUUACUUUAAACCAAAUAAGGUGAACAAAGAUGUUUAUAUAUAAUAUAUAUACAAAUUUAUAUACAUUACUAUUUUUUGCUUCCCUGUAACUUUUAGAACAAAAUUUUAGAUAACUACUCCUUUUUCCAUUCGAUAAUAAUAAUUACAAACAAUCUAUGUAUCAGUGUACCCAAAAAAGGAGUGUUGUCGUAGUGGGGACUCAUCAGCAAGUUGUAUUCGUAUCUUGGCGUUAAUGUUCACAUCGAGACUACAACCGAAUACUU